CGUCACGCGUUAGGUCAUUUCAUACAUGCACACAAGUAAAGCAUCGAAAUGCUGUUGAAUUAAUUUGUUUUUUGUUUAGUUUACUUUCAAACCUCGCCGAUCGUACUUAAUUAGCACCUUAUAUUUGCGACGUGUCGAAUUGCCUAACUUAUUUUGUUACUCUUUUGCUUGCCUGUUUUUCCGUGCACCAUGGCAGACGUACUUAAAUCCGCAGGAGAAAUCGCUAGCCAAAAAUCAUGUCUGUGUGGACCACGGCCAACAAUUCGGGCCUAGAGACGCCAACAAAGUCGCCGAUCACGUCGUCGGUUCCGCGGGCAGCGAGAAGUUCUGCAGUGAUCACCACUGGAAAUCACCAGCAGCACCACUUCCAGCACGUUGUGGCCGCCGCCGUUGCAGCCGCCACUUCAGUGGCCACCGGUCAUCAGUUCCAGCAACAGUUCCCGCUGCACGCACAUCCGCAUCCACAGCACCACAGCAACAGUCCCACGGGUAGCGGCAGCAACAGCAACAACAGCGCAGGUUUCCAGCGCACCAGCAUCAGCAACUCGCUGCUGCAGUUCCCGCCGCCCCCGCCCCCUUCCUCACAGAACCAGGCGAAGGCAGGCCGCACCGUUCAAAUUGAUUGUCGAAUUUGAAUAUACGUCGUCGUCGCCGCCGCUCACCGCCGGUGCUUACCGCUCUGGGCAGAGCCGCCGUAUCAGUUAGUUGUUAACUUGCCAUCGCCGAAGGAACAAGAGGCGCUAAAAGCGAAACGCGGACGCUGAAAUGAAAUCGAAUCGAAUGUGCACCGCGCACCUGAAUUAAAUUCGUGGCGAAAAGGCAAGAAUUACUAUUCGAUUCGUCGUUUUUCUUGCGUGGCUCUUAUUUUUUUUUUUGUCUUGCGGAAGUGUCGCCAGCAUCCGCGACUGUUUUCCGUUUCAGUUCCUAGCUUUUCGUGCUUUCCUCUCAGCUAGCAGUCGUUAGGGUACAACUCUUGGCUUCGGUCAUAUGAAAAAAAAAUUUAUAUAAAAAACAAAAAACAUGUGAAAAAGUCGGCAACAAGUGCCUGCGAAAAACUGUUUUAUUGACACACGUAUUUUACAUUUUAUAAGAACCAUAAAUGUGUGUUUAUAAAUAAAAAGUAAAUAUUUCAACGCACCCAAAAAGACAGAGAGAUAGCGGUGAAGAGAGUGAGAGAAGAGGGUCACAAAUUUUCAGCGUGCGUGUAUGUGUGUGUGUGUGGAUAAUUGUUGAUCAAUUGUCAUGUGCAAAAAAAUAAAAACAAUAACACCCAGCGAAAAUCAUUCAGCAUCAUCAAUGGGAGGAAGUAUUGCAAAAUCAACCAAGUGAAACGGAACCUAAUGAAAAUCGCUGAAAGCAACGAGAUUACAGUGACAAGUGGCAAACGAACUCUCUCGAACAAAGAUUGCGCUCCGCCAACCAAGUACAGUGAAUCGUCGUUACUGGCAUUCGGAAAUCCGCAAGAUAUCAAUGCAAAUACAUAUGUCGAUGUGAUUCACUGACAGAAGUUAGCAUAAAAGAAAACAUAUGUAUAUCUAAAACCAGAAAAAAACAACGAUAAGACUAAAUCACGAGUUCGGCAAUAAGUUGAUACUUCCGAGAACCAAGAACAAUGGAAUGAAAAGUCGCCAAGAUCAAGAGUAAUAACUUUAAUAUUCCAAAGACCCAAAAACUGUAAAAGGUCGUCAAUAAAAUAAAUAUUCCUUAGCCGCCAGACGAGAGAGAAAUAUCCAUGGAAAAGCCAUUAAAAUCCAUAACGCCCAGGUUCAAAUGGUUAAGAAAUGAAUAAUAUAACUACUGCGAAUCAAGUGCUGUGCAACAACACAACGGCAAAUUGAAACGUUCUAAGAAAGUGCUCCAUAAUUGAGGCAGGGCGUUGUCGAUAACCAACAUGGGACCUUAAUGACCUGAUGGAAUAUUUUUUUAUUUAUUAACAAAUGCCAGACAUUGGAAGGCAGCCGAUCGGUACAAUUUGUGGAGCAUAAGUUUCGAUAUUUUCACUUUAGAUCUUGCUAAAGAGCUUGAGAACUGAAAUAUUAGUAAGCUAGGAUCUUUAACACUAGAAAGGAGAACCUAUUAGACUGUAUACAGAAUCAAAAUUCAAGUUGAAGCGGACUUGUUGCUUUUCUUAGAACUGAGAACUAACAGCAAAAGAUACAUUCUUAGCCUAGUUUAGAUACUAACUGGCUAAUAUUUAUUGUCGCAAAGAGAGGGCAUAGAAUAUUUAUCAGACUAAUUAUAUCUGAUCCAUCCGAGAGCGAGAGUAGUCCAUGCCACCCUUUGAAGAGGGUGAAUCCAAGCCAGAGGAGCAGAUACCUCUAAAGCCGCCCCGACGCCACAAGAAGAUGAAGUCAGCGGACCAAGAGGCCGCCCAAACGCCGGCGGAGGAUCACGAGGAGGAGCAAUUGCUGCCGGGCAGCGGGACGAGCAAUCUGCGUUAUGCCCGGGCCAAUUUGAGCCAGAGCAGCCUGAUGCUGAGCCACCAGCAGGGCUCCUUCGAAUCGUCAACCGAACGAACGGCGAGCAGUGAGACCCUGGAUGUAAUGCCGAUAUCGAGGCGCUACCAGGUGCAUCCACAGCCGAACCGCUUGGGGAUUCGGCAGCCAGCCUCGGCCUUGGCGAGCGCUCUGCAUGCCACUGCCAGAUUGGCGGCCAGUGUGGAUGCCUAUACGGCGGCGGCUACAGCCACAGCGGCAACCGGUGACUACGGCGAUUAUAUGCGCCCGCAACCGAACCUCGGUCACGCCCACCAACUGCCCCUCACCCAGACAACCCAGACAGCCCAGCCCCUGCACCACCAGCUGCCCGCUCACCAGCUGGGCAAUCUGAGAGCGAGCAAUUUUGUGGGGUCGUCGCGGUAUCUCUAUCACAGCCAGUUUAAUUCGAAUUCGCCGCAAACGAGACGCUUCACUGCGCAGCGAGACGGGUCGCCAGCAUAUGCGGCUUCAGUGGCGGCAGCUUCAGCGGCGGCCGCAGCUUCAGCAGUAGCACCGAUAGCGCCACUAGCACCACUAGCCUCCAUAGCAUCGCCCCCAUUUGCGGCCCAGCCGCCGCCCUUUCAGUUGCGCACCUACCAACAGAAUCAAUCCUACCGCUUUCAGCCGCGCGGACACCAUCGCACCGCCAGCAGCAGCAUGUCGCAGUCCGGCGAGGAUCUCCACUCGCCCACCUACCUGUCCUGGCGGAAGCUCCAGCUUAGUCGGGCCAAGCUAAAGGCAUCCAGCAAGACGUCCGCCCUGCUCUCCGGAUUCGCCAUGGUGGCGAUGGUGGAGGUGCAACUGGAUCACGAUACGAAUGUACCACCGGGCAUGCUGAUAGCCUUCGCCAUCUGCACCACCCUCCUGGUGGCGGUGCACAUGCUGGCCCUGAUGAUCAGCACCUGUAUCCUGCCAAAUAUUGAGACGGUGUGUAAUUUGCAUAGUAUUUCCCUGGUCCACGAAUCGCCACACGAGCGUCUCCAUUGGUACAUUGAAACGGCGUGGGCAUUCUCCACGCUGCUGGGACUCAUACUCUUUCUACUGGAGAUAGCCAUCCUGUGCUGGGUGAAAUUCUAUGACCUAAGUCCGCCGGCGGCUUGGUCAGCGUGUGUGGUCCUCAUACCGGUGAUGAUCAUCUUUAUGGCCUUCGCCAUUCACUUCUAUCGCUCCCUGGUGUCGCACAAAUAUGAGGUGACAGUCUCGGGCAUCCGUGAGCUGGAGAUGCUCAAGGAGCAGAUGGAGCAGGAUCAUUUGGAGCAUCACAAUAACAUACGAAAUAAUGGCAUGAACUAUGGCGCAUCCGGGGACAUUGUCUAGCAUCACUUGGCGUAUCCGCACAAGUGGAUCGAACGAAAAAGACAGCGGCUCAGGGUAAGCUUCAGAUUAUUUUUAGUGAAACACACAUAUUGUAAAUUUGUAGUUGAUUAAAAUUGUGAUACGCGGAAUUCAGUAGAUUUCUACUAUAUAUAUAUAUAUAUGUGCGAGUGCUGCUGUAGUCCUUUAUUUUACUUAUGGCAAUUGCGGAUUAGCACGGAUAUUGACAAUGAUAAAAGACCCCAAUUAAAGCAAUACUUCGGAUGAAUAUUCCUCAAAAAAUUAGCUGAUAUUUGUUACAUAUUUAUAUUGCGUGUAUUUUAAAUUGUAUGCCAUGCCGGAUUUUCUUUUUUUGCAACCAUCCUUAGGCAGUCUUCCCUUUUUACGUUUAAGACACAACUUGAUUGUCAAAUUUAAUAUUAAGCCAAUUGUGUAAGCGAAACCGCGCUGUAAUUUAUACCAUAUAAUUUAUGAUUAAAAGAAUUUUCUAUAUAUAUGGUGUUGGAGUUUUAUUUUUAAUCGUGAUAUAUAGCUGAACAAUAGAUGCGGAUUAAAAGAAUGCAAAAUUUUAGAGACAAUUUGAUAUAUUUUAUAUGCAACAUAAAACAAUUGUAAAAUAAAGUAUUUGAAAAUGUACUGCAAUAUUUAUAUACGAAUUAUAUUCAUAGGUAUUCCAAUAGUUUUGGAAAAUAUAACAGUCUAUUUUCGAUCUUUACCGAUGUAAGCUAAAUAGCGCUGUAAUUUAUAUACGACUGAUUAAACGAUUUUUACUACAUACACUUAACCGGAAC